UGGUUUCGAGCGAGGUGCUGCUACUGUGAUAACAAAUUGCCCCCGGAGAAAGCCAGCAAGAUCUCCUACCAGGGAAACAAACAAGGAUAAAAAUUAGGCAGCUGUUCCAGACAUAUAAGAAGGUUGGCAAGACAAGACUUAUCCAAUAGAAAAGCUCUGUGUCUCUUUUGGAAAAUCAAGGAUGCAGUGGAAGACUGUGUUGCUGCUCUUAUUAUAUUACAAUGCUCAUGCCACUGUACCUCCCAAGUGGAACCGAGCAAUGUUUUUCCCAUCGGCUCAACGAGUGAAGAGAUCCUCUGCUGUUCUUCUCAACCCGGUCCUUCAGAAAUCUCAGGAAGACGUGGACCUUCUAUUCGAGUUUCUAGCAGAGCUGGAAAUCAACAAGGAUCUGAAGAUCUCUGUCAAAGACCAGGAACUGGCUUCCUUGCGGGACGCUACGGCAUUUGACAUCCUUUGCAACGAUGUUAUCCCCAAGAGCAUCACAGACAUCCGCAGGCUAAAUGCCAGGCUUUUGGGCUACCCUGGGAUACUGAAAAAAGAAGACUUUGAAAGGACACUAUUAACCAUGGUCUACACAGCCUAUCGGGCAGCUCAGUCCCAAGGACACCAGAAAGACGCCUGGGCUGAAUCCUUUGUCAGUCUCUACAAGGUCCUGAAGCAUGACCUGAUGUUCCCAUCUCGCCAAACACCAUCAUCUCAGAGGACUUUAUAAAUCAGAAAUUCAUUUGCAUAACAGUGUACAUCCCUCUCUUUGCUGUGGAAAAAGAAAGUGUUUUUAAGACCCUUCAGGCAGGGAGACUUUCUUUAGACUCUAGCUCCCCCUAGAGGAUACCUGUAGUGAUAUUUCUAUUUUAAAAAAAUGGUUCAGGCAAGACUUCUCUGGUCAGCAUCUAGUUUUGCCAAAGGGGCUCUUAGUAAAGAGUGAUGGAGAAAGACCUCAAUGCAAGAAGCCUGAAGACUGGUUCCAUUGCCCUGGCAGUCCCUCCUUUUCCCUAUCUCUGAUGCUUUAUGUGUCCAUUAGAGGGGAGCAGUCAUUAACUCUCAAGGGCUGGAUUUAGCCUUUGGGUACCAGGUGCUUUUUCCUGCAGGAAAUGUUUUUCAGUAGCCCUGUGUAAGUCUGUUUCCUUUUCUGGUCGAACAGAUUUCAAUGGAUUUGUAGCAUUUCAAAAAGCUAGGAACUCUGAUAGACAGAGAUAACUUUGAGCCAAAAGAACAGAGUGUGUUCUACCUUUGACUUUAAAAAAAGAUGAAACAGAUUCCUGAAAAAGAGGUCCAUCAGUGGUGACUAGCCAAGGUAGCUUCAGAGAACCUUUACUUCCAGUGCUAGGAGGAAACAUCAGAGGAAUGCCUUGGCUUACAUCCCCUCCAGUUGACCUUCUAUGUUAGCUACAUUAUGAAAUAGGAUACUGAACUAGUUGGAUCACUGGUCUGAUCCAACAGGGCUCUUCUUAUGUGCUUGUAUCUCCAGCAGCUGUGACUCUGUCCUGCUGCCUGCCUUCUUCAUUCUUAGAUAGAAUGAAGGGUUCUGAUAAAGAGAACCAAGACCAAAGUAUCUCUAACACAUGAAGAACUUGGGAAGGUGUUUCUAAGUUCUGUAUGCUUCAGGCGUCACUGUUUUCUGAUUAAGCUGUUCUGCCGGCAUCACGUUUUUUUGAUUAAGCUGUUCUUAACAUAUUCCUGUGGUUCGUGAUUCUUGUUCAAAGGUAUCUGUAUGUGCUUUUAAAAGUGAGCUGCUGGGUAGUUUCCUCAGGGGAACAAAAUAAAGAGAGCAUGCUUCAGUGGUAA